CAUCAAUACUUUUAUGAAUCUAUAAUCAAUAAGAAAGUUAUACAAGUGAAAUAAGAAAGAAAAUCACAAUUUUCUUGAGAAAUAUUUAGGAUCAUAAAUUGAAAAAAGAUGACUAUUCUCCAAAGACUUACAAAAUUGUAAUAUAAAAUCUAAUAUAGAGUACAAUGAACAAAAAGAGGAUUAUAGAUUUUAUAAAGUGUUUAGUUCUCCUCAUAAGCAUAAAUGUGAAAUUUAUUCAUUGUUGAUCACAUUGAUUAUUCGGUAGAAGGUUGAUAUUAGGAACCAAUCCUUUGGGAAUAUCAAGGUAAAAAAUUUCUUGGCUUGAAGGUAAUUUUGUUCAAUGCAAAUUGAAGGAAUCAGAAUCCGGCAAUUUAGACAAAAUUGGAGUCAUUUUAAAAGGGGUUUAGUUUUUCUAUUGAAAAUGGAAGAACUUAAAAAUUUUAUGAUUUGAGUAAUGGGUGAUGGAACUAAAUUAUUCUCUGAUAUGAUAAGUCUAUCAGAAUAUGGGAUGUUAACAUAGGAUAAGAAUUUAUAA